AUGGAGCAAUGGGGCAAGGUCCGGCGACUUGAUGGUGGCGACACAAUGCUUGCAGCAGGGCUUAUAUCACACCAGCGUGAUUCACGAGAUGCCACAUUCGUACGAUAUGAGACUCUUGUAGACAAACAUGCCCAUCAAUGCAACCUACCACCCACUUAUGAGAAACAAACAUUCUAUGGACGUCUGCAUCAUAUUUUCGUUGUUCACAUUCCAUUUACUCUGGCACUCAAAGUUGAUGGGCCAACAACCAUUUUCCUCACUGCAUUGUCGACGUGCAAACUCAAACCCACCCCUUCAAGCUUGUCUUCUCUCGACAUCCACUUUUACAGCAACCUCAAUGAUGCAUUAGACAUUGUGGAUAUUGUUUGCUUGCAAUGUCUCGUUGGUCGUAUGCCCAUUGAUGGAGGACGGCAGUGGGCAAUCAUUGACCGAAGUGGAAAUCUCGCUCGUGCAGUUUUUGAGGAUUGA